AUGCUUUCCAAUGAUACUCGACUCCCACCAUAUGUACCAGAGGGAUCUUCGGGUCCGUGGACUAAGCUUUAUCCCAUCAAGAUCCUUAACCCAAACUCUUUUACUGAGGCGGUCUGGUGGUUGACUUUUCGAGACCUGGAUCACGCCAAUUCGUACGAUAAUACAUGGAUAGGGAUGAUACCCCCUCUGAUGGAAAUCCACGAGAACCCCCACCGAUCAAUCAAAAGAACCCUGCGUCCUAAGUUCCAAGCUAUAAUACGAAGAGUGUGGCUCCCAGCACUCGAGCUUAUGCAGGAGAUGAGGGAUAACAAUGAGCUGCCGCCUCUACCUCCCAGCAAUUGGUAUGGAACGGUUGAGGCAGCUCAACGAGCUCGCCGUUGGAUUUGA